AGCGCGGAUCCGCGCAACUUGCACUGGAGUGAAGACAAGAGCCGGUUUGGGUUCAAGAUGCUGGAGAAGAUGGGGUGGAGCGAGGGCAAGGGCCUGGGCGCAAACGAGGACGGCCGCAAAGAGCAUACGGCUUUUUCUGAGCUGCUGUCGCGCCUGAACUCGGACUCGGCAACGCCGUCUGACGCUCCAAAGGCCGAAGCGAAGAACGCCCGCCUGAAUCGCCUUAGCCAUCGCACAAAGUUCCGCAACAUGAAGCGCAUGGCGAUGCAGGACGACAAGGCACUGUAUCCUGAUUCUGAGAGGCAAUCAGGCGAGAGCACGCCGUCGCUGCAGACAGAGAUUGUGGAUUCUGGCGUUAACGUUGCGGAUUACUUUGCGCAGAAGAUGAGGAGCAAUCCGGCGUUGGCAGGCGAUUUAUGGACUCGCACCGAGAGAAGAAGGACAAGUCGGAAAAGAGGGAGAAGAAGAGCAGGAAGGACAAGAAGGAGAAAGCGAGAAGAGCAAGAAGGACAAGAAAUCCAAGGACAAAAAGCACAAGAGCAAGUCUAAGUCGACAUAGCCUGGCAGACACUCACAACUCUGUUUGGGAAUAAAUGCCAUGUAUUCAUCGUCA